GAAGACAUCUCGACCGACCGAGAGCCGCUGCGUCACUUCACCAGCUGCUCGUUGAGCCUGUUAGCAUCCGGCUAACAGGCUCAAGACAGAGAAGAGACGUCUUCAGAUAAAGCUUUAAUUAAACACUCACGUCAACAAGUGUGUGUGUAGAUGUCGGGGGGAGUUUGUUGGAAGUCAUUCCACAGACUUUGAGGUGCACAGGAACUGGUUGGCGAUCACACACAGUCUGCCGGUGUCGCGCUGGUACCACGAGAACACGUCCGAGUGGACUCUGGACUACCCGCCGCUGUUCGCCUGGUUCGAGUUGGGCCUGUCGCACGUGGCCCGGCACUUUGACAGGAACAUGCUGCUGGUGGAGAACCUGAACUACGCCGGCCCGUCCACGGUUCUGUUCCAGAGGCUGUCGGUCGUCUUCACCGACCUGGUUUUCGUCUUUGCUGCCAGAGAGUGCUGCAGGUGCGUUCAGGAGCAGAAAGGCUCUCGGGACGUCUUGACGCGACCGCCCUUCGUCCUGGCUGUUCUGCUGCUCGGCAACUUCGGCCUCCUCAUCGUCGACCACGUUCAUUUCCAGUACAACGGCUUCUUGUUCGGGUUCCUGCUGCUGUCGGUGGCAAAACACCUGCAGUCUCGGCACCUGCAGGGGGCGCUGCUGUUCUCCAUCCUGCUCAACCUGAAGCACAUCUACCUGUACGUGGCGCCGGCCUACGGCGUCUACCUGCUGAGGAGCUACUGCUUCACCCAGGACAACACAGACGGUUCUGUCCGAUGGAGGUCGUUCAGUCCGCUCCGCCUCGUGGCUCUGGGCUCCAUCGUGGCCUCGGUCUGUGCUCUGUCCUUCGGCCCGUUCAUCAUGAUGGGUCAGCUCCCUCAGGUCCUGUCCCGUCUCUUCCCCUUCAAGAGGGGCCUCUGUCACGCCUACUGGGCCCCCAACAUCUGGGCCCUCUACAACGUGCUGGACAAAGCCCUGGCGACGCUCGGCGUUCGUCUGAAGCUGCUGGAGGAGACGCAGCUUCCUCGAGCCUCCAUGACGGGCGGACUGGUGCAGGAGUUUCAGCACUCGCUCCUCCCCUCCGUCUCCCCCGCUGUCACGCUCGUCUGCACUCUCCUCGCCAUCCUGCCGGCGGUGGCGUCCAUCUGGUGGCGUCCUCGCGGCGCUCGGGGUUUCCUGCGCUGCCUGCUGCUCUGCGCGCUUGGCUCCUUCAUGUUCGGCUGGCACGUCCACGAGAAGGCCAUCCUCCUCGCCAUCCUGCCGCUCAGCAUCCUUGCGGUUGAGAGCAGAGAGGAUGCUGGGAUCUUCCUGGUUCUGACCACAACAGGUCACUACUCCCUGUUCCCGCUGCUCUUCACGCCCGCAGAGCUGCCAAUCAAAGUCGUUCUGAUGCUAAUUUAUACAGUUUACUCCUUCACCGCCCUGAAGAACCUGCAUAGCUCUCGGGGUUCUGUGCUGCGCCCCCUGGAGGUCGUCUACCUCCUCGGCCUGGUUGCCGUGGCGUUCGCCUGCGAAGUCAUCUUCCCUCUGUCGCCAUGGCAACAGAAGCUGCCCUUCCUCCCCCUGCUGACGACCUCGGUGUACUGCUCCGUGGGCGUAUUUUACUCCUUCCUGCGUCUGUAUGUCAGCCUGCUGAGGCCGGAGGAGAAGCCCAAACAGCCGUGAGGCGCCGCCGUGUCCCAGAACAGUCUCAGGUUAGAUCCCCAACACGCCUACAGUACAUCCGCCCUGCACCCUGAGCAAGGCACUCAGACACCGGCUGCUCUCUGUGCAGGUCUGUCAGGUGGGGACUCAUCUUAACAAAAACUCCCCAAAACACUAUAAUGCUUCUUUUUUUUUUUACCAUAUUUUUCCUCCUUGGUUUGUGUCUGAACAAAGAUAAUUUCUGGGUGAAGAGGCGUCACUCUGUAAAGUUUCUGUUGUCCCAACAAGUGUCGCAGAGUGAGACGUCCUCUCUCCGGAGGAUCACUUAGGAGUGGAAAAACUAAAUCUCCAUCUGUUACAGAUUAAAUCAGUUGAUUCUGUAUAUCAUUAAUAUUUAAAGUUUGGAUCAAUCGAUCGAUCUUCAGCUGCUGACUGAGUGUACGACUGUUACAGAGAGAAUGAAACUCUGAGGAUCCCGUCAGCAAACUGUAACUGAACUGAUCACAGGUCAGAGGUCACAGAACUCGACACCUGUGACAUCAUCCCAAACCAUCAAGUGGAUGAAACUAGGGCUGCAACUAACAAUUAUUUUCAUAAUCGAUUAAUCUCUUGAUUAUUUUCUCAAUUAAUCGAUCAGUGGUUUGGUUCGUAAAAUGGUGAAAAAUGUUGAUCGUGGUUCUCAAUCCUCUA